AUGGUGGCCAACGUCAUCUUCACCGUGAAGUUCGACAAGACCAUCGGAGCAUCCCUCAUCGGGAGGGCCUAUCUGCCUGUCUCCGAGAUCACCAACGGGGAGGAGUUGGACCGAUGGCUGGAGAUCCUUGACGAAGAGAAGAACCCCGUCGGGGAGGCGAAGAUCCACGUGAAGCUCCAGUUCUUCCACGUCACGCGGGACCGCAAUUGGGCACGGGGCAUCCGGAGCCCAAAGUUCCCCGGCGUGCCGUACACCUUCUUCCCGCAGCGGCGGGGCUGCAAGGUCACGCUGUACCAGGACGCCCACAUCCCCGACGGCUUCAUUCCCAGGAUCCCCCUCGCCGGCGGCGGGCAUUACGAGCCCCACCGCUGCUGGGAGGACAUCUUCGACGCGAUCACCAACGCGCAACAUCUGAUCUACAUCACCGGGUGGUCGGUCUACACAGAGAUCACUCUGGUGAGGGACUCCGCCAGGCCCAAGACGGGGGGCGCCGUCACCCUCGGGGAGCUGCUCAAGAGGAAGGCCAGUGAGGGCGUCCGCGUGCUCAUGCUCGUCUGGGACGACAGGACGUCUGUGGACCUGCUCAAGAGGGAUGGGCUGAUGGCCACCCACGACGAGGAGACGGAGAACUAUUUCCAUGGGACGGAGGUGAACUGCGUCCUGUGCCCGCGCGACCCCGACGAUGGCGGGAGCUUGGUCCAGGGCCUGAAGAUCGCCACCAUGUUCACUCACCACCAGAAGAUCGUGGUGGUGGAUAGCGCGAUGCCAAGGGGCGGGACCUCGUCGCAGCAGCGCAGGAUCGUGAGCUUCGUCGGGGGCAUCGACCUCUGCGACGGGAGGUACGACACGCCCUCCCAUUCGCUCUUCCGGACCCUGGACGGCCCCCACCACGACGACUUCCACCAGCCCAACUUCACGGGCGCGUCCGUCGCCAAGGGUGGGCCGAGGGAGCCGUGGCACGAUAUCCACAGCAGACUGGAAGGCCCCAUCGCCUGGGACGUGCUGUACAACUUCGAACAGCGAUGGAGGAAGCAGGGGGAGAAGGACCUCCUGGUGCAGAUCAGGGAUCUCUCGGACACCAUCAUUCCCCCCUCGCCCGUCACGUUCCCGGAGGACAGGGAGACCUGGGAUGUCCAGCUGUUCAGGUCCAUCGACGAGGGAGCCGCCUUCGGCUUCCCGGAGACGCCCGAGGACGCCGCGAGGGCGGGGCUGAUCAGCGGCAAGGACAACGUCAUCGACCGGAGCAUUCAGGACGCGUACAUCAACGCCAUCCGCCGGGCUAAGGACUUCAUCUACAUCGAGAACCAGUACUUCCUCGGCAGCUCCUUCGCGUGGAAGGCGGACGGCAUCAACCUCGAGGAGAUCGAGGCCCUCCAUCUGGUGCCCAAGGAGCUCUCGUUGAAGAUCGUGAGCAAGAUCGAGGCUGGGGAGCGUUUCACGGUCUACGUUGUGGUUCCCAUGUGGCCGGAGGGCAUCCCGGAGAGCGCAUCCGUCCAGGCGAUCCUCGACUGGCAGCGCAGGACGAUGGAGAUGAUGUACACCGACAUUGCCCAAGCCCUGCGGACCCACGGCGUCGAGGCGAGCCCCAGGGACUACCUCACCUUCUUCUGCAUCGGCAAUCGGGAGGUGAAGAGGGACGGGGAAUAUGCACCGGGGGAGGAACCAGAGCCAGACUCGGACUACAUCCGGGCGCAACAGGCGCGGCGCUUCAUGAUCUACGUCCACAGCAAGAUGAUGAUCGGUAAAUCUCGCUGUGGCUGCACCCCACUCUUUUGCUCCUGGUUUCGGAUGGAGGAAUUUUUCUUUUUUAAUCUCUCCUUGUUCUUCGUCUGACCUGACUGCUGGUGGUGAUGGUGAUGGCUCCAGUGGACGACGAAUACAUAAUCGUGGGGUCGGCGAACAUCAACCAGAGGUCGAUGGAUGGAUCGAGGGACUCGGAGAUCGCCAUGGGAGCAUACCAGCCAUACCAUCUGGGGGGGGAGGAGCCGGCGAGGGGGCAGGUGCACGGCUUCCGGCUGGCCCUGUGGUACGAGCACCUGAGGAUUCAGGACGACCUCUUCCUCCGCCCGGAAAGCCUGGAGUGCGUGCAGAAGGUGAACAGCAUCGCCGACAGCUACUGGGACCAGUACACAAGCGAGACUCUCGAAGACGAUCUCCCGGGGCACCUGCUCACCUACCCCAUUUCGGUCGCCGAGGACGGAGGGGUCUCGGAACUGCCGGGCACCGAGUUCUUCCCCGAUACAAAGGCGCGGAUCCUGGGCACCAAGACCGAUUAUCUGCCCCCCAUCCUCACCACCUAA